AUGGGGUACUCUAAAAACAUAGCGUCCGGCAUGUUUGCCAUGCUGCUCCUUGCUUCAGCCGUCCUGUCCUCCAACCCUCACCCUCUCCAGGACUUCUGUGUCGCCGACCUCGAUGGCAAGGCGGUCUCGGUGAACGGGCACAUGUGCAAGCCCAUGUCGGAGGCCGGCGACGACUUCCUCUUCUCUUCCAAGCUUGCCAAGGCCGGCAACACAUCCACCCCGAACGGCUCCGCUGUGACGGAUCUCAACGUGGCCGAGUGGCCUGGUACGAACACACUGGGUGUGUCCAUGAACCGUGUGGACUUUGCACCAGGGGGCACCAACCCACCGCACAUCCACCCGCGCGCCACUGAGAUCGGCAUCGUGAUGAAAGGUGAGCUCCUCGUUGGUAUCCUCGGCAGCCUCGACUCUGGGAACAAGCUCUACUCCAGGGUGGUGCGCGCUGGAGAGACGUUCCUCAUCCCGCGCGGGCUCAUGCACUUCCAGUUCAACGUCGGUAAGACGGAGGCCUCCAUGGUCGUCUUCUUCAACAGCCAGAGCCCCAGCGUCGUCUUCGUGCCACUCACGCUCUUCGGCUCCAACCCGCCCAUCCCCAAACCGGUGCUCACCAAGGCUCUCCGGGUGGAGGCUGGGGUCGUGGAACUUCUCAAAUCCAAGUUCGCUGGUGGGUCUUAA